AUGACGAGUGACGACCAGCAAUUCCUGGACCUCCACCGCCAGCUAGCAUCCAUCCCGCAAGAUGUGGCAUACUACGGCAGUCGCAUUGCCGACUAUAUCGAGAAGCACACCAACGCCAUAGCCUCCGACAUCCGCAAUGCAAUCGACCAAGCAAGCUGGAUUCCUGACUCCCUUCGGCCACCUCGUCAAGCAGGCAACGGACCGGCCAACUUCUUCGCGCGCCCCCCUCCUCCCCCACAGGGCUUCCUCGAAAAGAGCACGGCUUGGAUAUCCAAGAACCGCACCGCCAUUGCCAUAGUGGUGGCUUUCGCAGGGACAUCCAUAUACUUAGUGCACAGAAGGAAAAAGGCACACGCGCGGAAGAGAAGGGCUAAGAAACUCCCCAAUGGCGCAAAGAAGGAAAUUGUCAUUUUAGCUUGCUCGACCUUCCACGAUGCGUUGACACGGUCUCUUGCCAUCGAUCUCGAGAGGCGAGGCUAUGUCGUUUACGUCACCGUUUCAUCUACCGAAGAAGACUCUCUCAUCCAGCAAGAAGCAAAAGCCGAUCUCCGUCCACUCUGGAUCGAUCUGACUUCAACGGUCCCCAAUCCUGCCAUUGACGUGCAUCCUAACUUGGAGCCAAUUCGAGAGCUCCUCACCAAAUCGUCUCGCCCUUCAUCUCCAAACCCCAGUCGGUCGAUGCACGGCUCCUCCAUGGGAAACAUGACACUCGCCGGCAUCGUCGUCUUUCCAGGUUGUUCGGGGUACUCCGAAGGACCUCUGGCGCUCUUACCUCCCAGCGACAUUGUCGACACUAUCAACACGCGCCUGGUCUCUCCCGUACUGACGGCCCAACAAUUCCUCCCUCUCCUGGCAAAUCAUAGCCUCGACUCGAGGUCCCCUUCGUCUAUCGUCAUUGCCUAUCCUUCGAUCCCCAACUCAUUGUCCCCUCCACGCCAGAUUCCAGAAUGUCUAGUGACGUCGUCGCUCUCCGCUCUUGCAUCCUCCCUCCGACGAGAAAUCAAUGCGGCCAACGUCAAUAUCACCGUCUCUGAACUCAAACUAGGCAACUUUGAUAUGGGUUCCGUCGCUUCGUCCCGAAAUACCCCUCCGCCAUCUACAGCUCAAACGAGCACGUCAUCUUCAGCAUUGACGCACUGGCAUUCCUCCCAACGCGCCGCCCUCCAGCGCAAGAAUCUUGGCCAACGAAGUCUAAUCCGCGGCUCUUCAGCUCGAGAAUUCCACAAUGCGGUCUUCGAUGCCCUCGCGCCGCCGCAGACGUUCAAGGCAUUUGGACAAUUUGAAUGGACGGCUAUUUCGCGCUCAGAGGUGGUUUUUGUGGGCAGUGGAGCUAGACUUUAUGAUAUCGUCGGACGUAUUAUGCCUAAUGGGCUUGUUGCGUUCAUGAUGGGGUAUAGGAAGAGAGAUGACGAGGAACAUGCACAGGGUGCGGGUAAAAUUUAUAAUAGGACUGAGCCCGGACCUUCAGCAGGUGCUUCAUCUGUACCUGCAUCAGCUUCUGGUUGGGGAUUCAAUUCCAUCGGUAGCGAAAGCGGUAUUUGGGAGAAAGUGUAA